AUGGUAAUGAUGCCAUUGGCAUCCUCAAAAGGUAAAUUACAGCAGGCUUACACCUUUCUAAUUUCCGAGACAGUUGAUAAGCCUAAUUCUGAUGCACUGCAGUUUCUGAAACUCCCACCAUUUGGGGCCCUCGAAAAGGUGGCUCAAUCAUUGGAAUCUCAUCCAGAGGGUGGUGGAGGACCUGAAAACACCAUAGCAGCAGCUUACCCAUCUACUUGCUUUAAUUCACCCACAAUUGAGCAGUGUGGGUUGUGUUCAAUAUAUUUUGUUGCCACACUCCAAAAUAGUAUGCAAAUUAACCCACACGGGGUAGGCCAGUGA